GAGCGACGCGCAUUUGACGACUAUUGACUUCUCUAGAGCCAUGGAAGACGCGCGAAUAAAGGUGGGAUGGGCGUCGGCUCGGGCGGGCUAGUUCCUCUGCUCUACUUUACGCCGAUGGCCUCCAUCUCGCUGUUAUAUUAAAGCUGACCGAGCCCGUAUGUGAACCGUUGUUGCUGUCUGCUUUCCUUCCACAUCUCCGGAUCCCCAGCUGUGUUUAUUGUGCACCUUCUUCUCUGACCCGCCACACUUCUACCUGUCACACUUCAAUCAUCAUGGCAUCCAACGAAGCAAACGGCCACACUAAUGGUCAUGCCAAACAACGCACCCCUCUCCGACCGGGCAUCUACUCGCCUACCAUGACCUUCUUUGACCCCGAAACCGAAGAGCUAGAUAUCCCAAUAAUCAAAAAGCAUGCCGUACGUCUUGCUGAAGCUGGCCUUGUUGGCCUCGUCACCAUGGGGUCAAACGGAGAGGCCGUCCAUCUAUCACGAGCCGAGAAGACUGCUGUCACACGAGCAACCCGCGAAGCCCUGGAUGAGGCUGGAUAUCAAAAUGUCCCAGUCAUUGUAGGCGCUUCGGAACAUGGCAUCAAGCUCACCAUUGAGCUGUGCAAGGAAGCCGAGGCCGCUGGCGGCGAAUACGUUCUCAUCGUCCCUGCAAGCUAUUACCGCUACGCCAUGGACGAGGAGGCUAUCUACGAGUACUUCACCAAAGUCGCAGAUGGCUCACCACUCCCAGUCAUUCUGUACAACUAUCCUGGAGCUGUUGCUGGAAUUGAUUUGGAUAGCGACCUCAUCAUCAAGCUAGGCAAGCACCCCAACAUUGUUGGUACCAAGUUCACAUGCGGCAACACCGGCAAGCUCACUCGCGUUGCCCUUGCUACGAAUGCCGUCACCACUAAGAGCAAUGGCAGCGGCUACAUGGCAUUCGGUGGCAUGGCCGACUUCACAGCUCAGACUGCUUUCAGCGGCGGCUCAGGCAUCAUCGCCGGCGGAGCUAACGUUCUUCCCAAGACCUGUGUCAAGGUCUGGAAUCUGUGGACCGAAGGCAAAUAUGACGAGGCCAUUGCCCUGCAGAAAGUGCUGAGCAAGGGUGAUUGGGUCCUUACCAAGGCGGCGAUUCCUGGCACAAAGUCAGCUAUCCAGUCAUAUUUCGGCUAUGGCGGAUAUCCUCGCCGACCGCUCAAGAGACUGUCGCAAGACAAAGUCGAUGCUGUCGCCGAAGGUAUUAGGGAAGUCAUCGAGGUUGAGAAGAGCUUAUGAUAACGUCGCAUGUUUAUUCACCAUGCUUCUCUAUGAUUCACGAGGUGCUUUUGGCUCGCUUUCAGCUGCGCUUAUGCUAGAACUCGGGUAAAAGUCAUGUCACUGCAUUUACGAAGUUCAUUUGCUGUACAUAGCCAUUCCAUAAUAGAUGUUCGCUUCUUUACUGCAUAGGUGCCC